GAAAAAAAACUCAAACAUUUAAGUUCCAUCAAUUUUGUUAAAUAAAAUCGACUACGGAUAACUUUUCAUGACUGGCCUGACGUUUCAAUUUAUAACCUGUGCCCUGGCAGCGGGCGUUAUUGAAUCAAGGAACCGAAGAACUUAUUAUUUCUUUUCUUUUUGUUUUCAGCGAUGUUAAUGUUUAUUUUCCAAAAAGACAUAAGUAACAACAAGAGAAAAGGUUCGAUUAAAAUUACCUCAAGUUAAAAUGCCUUUGUUUUGAGGAAACAAUGAACGAAAGCGCUGCCGAAUGCUCGGAAGCUUUGGAUCCUCGCGUUCAGAUUGAAUUAGAGAGGCUCAACACAGCUACAGAUGAGAUCAACCGGCUUGAGGUUGAGCUGGAUGAGGCCCGGCUGGCGUUCAGGCGCCUGCUGGCUGAGGGCCACCUCCGGAUUCAGCAGCUCACCAAGAAAUUGGGAACUAGUGUGCACAAGGCCCGCCCUUACUAUGAAGCUAGGUUUAGAGCUAAUAUUACAUCACAAGAACUCCAAACAGCAACGAUUGCGUACGACAAGGCGAACAGCGCUCACGCAGCGGCGCGCGAGAUGGUGUACCUCGCGGAGCAGGGGCUGGCGCGGCUCGCGGAGGGCAACGCGGGCCUCACGCUCGACCCCGCCUGGCAGGAGAUGCUUAACCACGCCACACAUAGAGUCAAUCAGGCGGAGAGCGACCGCGCCAACGCUACGGUGACACAACGCACGAAGUCGGCCGCGCACCGCGCCGCCACCGCGCUGGUGCAACAGCUGCAGAGCGGACUUAAGAGGCACAUCGCCAAGUCCAGACCAUACUUCGAAGAGAAGGCCCGCAUCAAUACAGCGCUAGAGAGCCAGAAGGCUCGCAUCCAGACCCUGGAGGAGCAGGUGGCGGAGGCCAAGCAGCAAUAUUCCUCGGCCCUGAGGAACCUCGAGAGGAUCUCCGAUGAGAUACACCGGCAUAGGUCUAGGAGACAGUCGGCUAGGCAUGAAAUCGACCGCUCAACAAUAACAGACACAGCCAGCGAUACCAACACGACGUGUAGCGACAAGCUUGAGGAGCUGUGUGAGAGCAGCUCCGACGCGAGCGUGCGCGAGUGGCUGCGGCGGGCAGCCGACGCGCAGCGGCCGCGCCAGCAGGACAACGACACCUGGACUGAGAUAGACCUGGACUACUCCAGCCCCGAGGAGGUGAGUUUCGAGAAGUGUUCCCUCCGCGGGCGCAGCACCCCCUCGGCGUGGUCCCCGGCCAGCCCGGGCGAGUCCCGCGCGUCGGCGGCGGACCCGCGCCGCAUCAUCCGCGCGCCCGGGCCCGCCCCGCCGCCGCGCGACCCGCCGCCGCGCCGCCCCAGCCUCGACGCGCUGCUGCACGACACCGGCGAGAAGGUCAAGGAGAUGUUCCAAGGCCUGUCCCUGUUCGGCGAGCGCCGCGGCUCGUCGUCGGCCCCGCGCUCGCCGCGCUCGCCGCGCUCCCCGCGCCGCGCCGCCUCCGCCGCCUCCUCCGCCGGGGACGAGCGCUACUCCGACACCGACAGCCUCGCCAGUGUGGAGAUGCUAACAGACGAUCAGAUCGCCUCCCUGAUGCUGGACGCGCAGCUGGAGGCCGUGUGCGAGCGCCUCGCGGGCGUAGCGCACGACAAGCACGAACACGACUCACGGCCAACAACCGCAGUGAAAACAAUAGUUUAGAAACAGUGAAACAAACCAAUACGCUUAGUAAGUCUUUAGUACAUCGAGAUACGCAUUCCAUUACACUAUGUAGUAUUAACACUACCACUGACUUGUAAACUGCCUUUUUUACAAUAGGGAUGAUGACUGGGUAUAAAAAGAAAAAAUCUCAUUAGUCCCUCAGUUAGAUAAUUGAAAAGUA